AGCCAAUCUAACGCACCGCAGAAGCCCAUAUUCGGACUCCUUGUUUUGUUUCUUUCAGGCUUUUGCUCAAACAGGUAGUGCAGAGAAAUUCAUCACUACCGAUGACAAAAAUGCGGUUGGGGAUGGUGCUAAAUGUGGUGGCACUGCUGCUGCUUCUCGGUUUCUGCUCGGCUUCUGAUUAUAAAUGGAGGAAAGCAAUGAUUUCAGGUGAAACGAGUUCGUCGAUGAUGAUGAACAGAGACGGGUCCUCUGUUCUGCUUCCUCUUUAUGGAAAUGUCUACCCUAUUGGGUACUAUAAUGUUAUAAUCAAUAUAGGACAGCCUUCAAAGCCUUACUUUCUUCAUCUUGAUACGGGAAGUGAUUUUACCUGGCUCCAAUGUGAUGUUCAUUGUGUUGAGGAAUCUCAUCCUUUUUACCGACCCAGCAUUGACCUGGUGCCAUGUAAGGAUCCACUCUGUGAGUCAUUACAUCCACCUGGUGAACACAAAUGUGACAACCCACACCGGUGUGAUUAUGAGGUUGAGUAUGCAGAUGGCAGUUCAUCUCAUGGAGUCCUUGUCAGGGAUGUAUUUGCUUUAAACUACACAAAUGGAACUCCACUUAAACCUUGUCUAGCUCUUGGAUGCGGGUAUGAUCAACCUUCUGGCACAUCUCAUGAUCCUUUGGAUGGAAUCCUUGGCCUUGGCAGGGGGAAAACCAGCAUCAUUUCUCAGCUUUACAGCCAAAGUCUGGUGAGGAAUGUUUUUGGGCACUGCUUAAGUGGAACAGAAGGAGGUUUUCUCUUCUUUGGGGAUGGCCUCUAUGAUUCUCCACGUAUUGUUUGGACAUCAAUGUCUUCAGAACUUCCGAAAUUCUACUCGCCUGGGUUUGCAGAGCUGGUUUUUAAUGGAAAAGCAGUUGGAUUAAAAGAUCUCAUUGCAGUUUUUGACAGUGGGAGUUCUUACACCUACUUCAAUUCUCUGGUAUAUCAAAAUUUAUUGUAUUUGAUGAACAACGAACUAGCUGGACAGCCCUUGGAGAAAGCAACAGAUGACCAGACACUCGCUAUCUGUUGGAAAGGCCAGAAGCCUUUCAAAAGCGUGCGUGAUGUCACGAAAUUCUUCAAGUCCAUUUCCCUUAUCUUCACCAGUAAUGGAGCCAAGACUCAGUUUGAAUUACCUCCUGAAUCUUAUCUAAUAAUAUCAAACAAGAAAAAUGUUUGCUUGGGAAUCCUUAAUGGUACCCAAGCAGGUCUGAAUAACUUAAAUGUCAUUGGAGACAUAUCAAUGCAAGACAGAAUGGUGAUAUAUGACAAUGAGAAGCAGUUGAUUGGAUGGGCUCCUGCUAAUUGUGACCAGCUUCCCAAGCCUAAAUAUGCUUAUACAUAAUGAGAAACAAGUCUUCCCCAUUAAUUGUCCACCUGCAACUGUUUAAAGAUAAAAUUAUUUCCAAAACGGAAAGAGUCCCACUUUCAUUAGAUUGGAUACUUUUAACUUGUAAGUCAUAGCCUGAGCAGAAGCUGUGUUACCCAUUGUAAAUAUAUGAGUCUUGUUGCU